AUGUCAUCUAUUAAUUCCGUGUCACUACCAAACAUUAAAUCACAAAUACAAAAUGUUAAUAACGCAGUUUAUGGCUUAUUUCAAAAAAUAACUCAAGUAAAUAACGAUUUAUUAAAUGACCAAGGCAUCAUAAAGGAUCUAUUAAAUGAAACUUAUGUUCAAGCAAAUUAUAUGGAAGCUGCUCAUCAAUUCUAUGAUGCGGCAUCUCGUGGACAGACUGAUGAUAUAAGGAAAUUUGGUGAUACAGUAUUUCUGAAGUAUUAUUAUGAUUUGAUACUAUCAUUUGAAAGUAGAUUGCAACAAUAUGAAAUAAACAUUGAGGAAUUAGAUCGACAGAUUCAAUGGUUAAAUAGCAAAAAUAAAAGUGAAAGCGGUGAACAAGAUCUUAAGGCAUUGUCAGAGUCUUUACGUAAUCAACAUGACACUUUGAUGUCAAUGACUGGUAAAGUAGCUUUAAUGCAUGAAAAUGUUGAAAAGUGA